AUGCCCACAAUCCUAAUAACAGGCGCCGCCAGUGGUCUCGGCGCAGCAUUCGUCCAAGCAUAUCUCAACCAGCCCGGAAACAAUAAUAACAAAAUCAUCGCAAUCGACAAAGACCCCAUCCCGAAUCUUCAUCUUCUUCCAUCAAAACAAGUCCGAUUCUACAAAGUAGACGUGAGCGAUGAAUCAUCCAUCAAAUCCCUCCAAACCGCCCUCAGAGAAGGAAAAGAAGAAGAAGAAGAAGAUGAACACGAGCCCAUCGAUCUCAUUCUCCACUGCGCAGGUGUCCGAGGCCUAGUACCAGAAGAAGAAGCAGCACAAACGCCCACCAGCAAGAUAAUCUCCGCAUGCGAGUCCCUAGAAAUCAUGAAUCUCUCCACCUUGACACAAACAUUUUCCAUCAACGCCGCAGGGACAUUCCUGCUACUGCGCGCUCUACUACCACAUGUCCAGCGCGCCAAAGGAAAAGUCAUUGUCAUGAGCUCGCGAAUGGGGAGUAUAGGAAAUAACCAAAUGCCCUAUUCGGCAGCUGGGGCGAGUUAUGCGUAUCGGGCGAGUAAAGCUGCGCAGAAUAUGUUGGUGAGAUCGCUCGCGGUGGAUGUGCCCGAUGUCACGUUUGUAUUGUGUCAUCCUGGUCGGGUGGAGACGAGGUUGGUGAAGUGGAAGGAAGAAGGGGCGAUUAGUGCGGAAGAGAGCGUGAGGGGGCUGGUGCCGUUGAUUGAGAAAUGGGGCAAGGAAGAUAGUGGGAAGUUUUAUGAUCGGUUUGGAGAGCCGAUUCAGUGGUAAGGGAGAGCAGGACUUUCUCUUCUUGCGAACAUGUCACCGCACUUGGAAUGAAUUCUGUAAAUUGCGAUUUUUGGGAUGGAAAAAAAAGAGCACGAAUGAUAGACUCAGGCGGUUGCCAUAAAUGAUAAAUGACUUAAAGCUCACGCUGAGCCGGAGUUCCAAUACAAGCAUUGCUGUUUGCUGCAUUCCGACUUGUCCCUCGCCCAAGCUCAUAGCCAAUGCCUGCUUUCCAGCCCAUCGCGCUCCAAUGUCAGUAGAGAGCGUCAAAAGCCACCACGAUGAAUUACUGCAAGGAAUGUAGGUCCUGGGUAUUGCGCUCAUCUUGCUCGGGAUCAAUCCAGAUCUCACAUCUGGUACGGCAGUCCGAGUCGGCUGCGUACACGGGGCAAGAUGUUGUACAUCGUCAAGUGCUAUUCCUAUAUCUGCCAGGUUGGCGACCAAUUUUCUUUGUCUGGACCUUGUCUUGCAGCAGUUGACACCAGGACGCUGAUCUGUUGGUCUAUUCGAUCUUUGCUCUGCCGAAGAACUUCUUUGUGUAUUUUACUCAUCAUUUCCAGCUCCCGGACCAUGGUAUCGACUAGUGAAGAACAGCUUUCCAUCAUUACAUGCAGGCUAGAGGGAUCCGCAGAAGAGUCAGCCGGAGGUAGAGGAGGCAACAUGCUGAUAUCUCGCUGUAUCGACCUCAGAUUCAGGGCAAGUGAGGUAUGCUGUGAGCGCCACGAUUCUGGCAAUGCCUCCGGGCAAAUUGCUCCUGGUGCUCUAGUCAUGAUAAAAGAAUCUGCGCCCACGGUCCACUCUUCAAAGACUUUCACCAGCUCUGAGUAUCUACUUGUAUGGUCUGUAUGCGUCCGGAGAUCGGAAACGACGCGGCCGAGAGUUUGCAGGUGUUCCGCAAGAAGCGCUGCGUCGGGGCACCAUGUCUCCAAUGCGUCGAGGUUGGCUAAUCGACGAUGCUUUUGCUCUUGAGCUCGAAUAGACUGGUAGUCACUCUGGAGCUUAGUGUGCAUCUUUCCCAGCUUCUGUUUUGCGCUCGCUUCAUAUGAUCUCAAUGUAUGCAGAGCUACUUGGUGCAUCAGGGAGAGCUGCAGAAGUUCAAUCUGCUCGAGCGCCACAUCGAAAUUCAUGAUAUUGGCCUCGUCUGCGCCAGCGACAGGUUUUGAUGUUGGGCGAGUAGUCGGUAUUCCAGGUUUUGGUAAAGCUGAUUUGGCUGGACUGUAGUGCUGCUGGUACGUAUUGAAUGCUGGCUUCGCAGGGGCAAGCAUUCGUGACUUCUGAUUGGAUCUCGUUGGAGAUGUUGGCGAAGGUUGUGUCUGAGCGCUGGGGGGAAGGGCAGUAUUGAGAGCGAGUGGUUUCGUCAUGACCGCUGAUGACCUCUUCUGGGCCGUCGAGGUGGGUGACCUCUUCUGGACCGUGGCUGACCCGCCACUAUCUGCAGUUCCAGUAUUGUUGGGUGCUUGUUGACUACUGGUCCGCGGACCUGGCGAUUGGGGCUGUCUAGUCGAGUUUGCCCGCUUGAUUCCCGUCUGACCAGUGCCGAGCGUCAUUGCAGACGCUGACGCUGGCUUCGCGUUGGAACUACUGCUCUUGGGCGGUCCUACCACGCUGUCCCUCGAGGGAAGUCGAGAGUGUGCAGGAGGCUCCUUACGAGCGCUAAUGGUGCUUGGUGGUCGCAUCAUGGAUGUCGGCCGUGGCCUGGGCGGAGGUGGCAUCGCUGCUCUGUCUUCGGACUGCGUGCCGCUGUCACUGCCACUGUUGAGUGUGUCCGCUCUGAUGGGCCCCUCCUUGCUGUCGCUCGAUAUCUUGCGCAUGAAUGACUGCGGAAGCAGGCUACGGCGCUUGGACUGCCUCGUUGUGUCUUCACCUCCUGCUUGCUCUCUGUCCCUGUCGCGAUCGGCGGGGCCCAUUUUGCCCGCCCCAAUCUGCUGGAGGCGUCUCAUGUCGUCCGUCGACACUUGGAACAUGGACUGAGGGCGUGCUCUUUCGCUGGCGGCUCGUCCUGGUGCCGGGGGCAGUCGACUUGUG